AUGGAAGUCUUAUCGCUGGCCUCACUACCGGUGGGAUUCAGAUUUAGCCCGACGGACGAGGAGUUAGUCCGGUACUAUCUCCGGCUGAAGAUCAACGGCCGUGAUGAUGAAGUCAGAGUAAUCCGCGAGAUCGAUAUCUGCAAAUGGGAGCCCUGGGAUUUGCCUGAUUUCUCUGUGGUGAAGACGACAGACUCAGAGUGGCUCUUCUUCUGUCCAUUGGAUCGGAAGUAUCCGAGCGGGAGUAGGAUGAACCGGGCCACGGUGGCUGGCUACUGGAAGGCGACGGGGAAAGACCGGAAGAUCAAGUCAGGGAACACCAAGAUUAUAGGAGUUAAGAGGACUCUCGUCUUCUACACAGGACGUGCUCCUAAAGGCACAAGAACGUGUUGGAUUAUGCAUGAGUACCGUGCAACCGAGAAGGAUCUUGAUGGCACAAAGCCUGGCCAGAACCCGUUUGUCGUGUGUAAGUUGUUCAAGAAGCAAGAUAUUGUGAAUGGAGCUGCGCAAGAAGAGUCGAAGUCGUGUGAAGCAGAGCCAGCGGUUUCGUCUCCUACUGUUGUGGACGGGAUGAAGUCUGAGGUUGUAUCUCCAGACGCAAAGCCUUCUCCUGACGCCGCAGAGUCUUCUCUUGUAGUCUCCAGCGAAUGUCGCAGUGAAGUUUCUGCCCCUGAGCAGCCUGACGAUCUCGAUUGGCUCUCGUAUCUGGAGUUCGAGUCGCUGGAUUUCAAGAUGUUCUCUCCGUUGCACUCUCAGGUGCAAUCUGAGCUCGGAUCCGCUUUCAACGAGUUUCAGUCUGGGCCAAGCGAACUAUUCGGGAACCACAAUGGUGCUAACGUUCAGACUCAGUACGGUACAAACAACAACGCCGCUGACGAAUACAUGUCCGAGUUCUUGGAUACGCUUCUUGAGAUUCCUUAUGAGUUUCCGGAGAAGAAAGAGUUAGUAGCGCAACCGAUGCCGGAGCAGAUUCGAUAUGAGCCGCAUAAUCUGGUCGACACACGCAACAAGAUCAAUACUUACGCAUCAACGGGAAUCAAGGUUAGGUCACGGCAGGGACAAGCGCCGCGUUGUGCUGAGCAGUUUGCAAUGCAAGGAGAGGCCUCAAGAAGGCUGCGUCUUCAGGUUAACCUUAACAGUGGCAAGUCGGAACCAGACAAUACACAACAAAAUAUCAAGAAAGAGGACAAGGAUACAGCAAGAGAGAGUAUAACGAAGAGAUGUGGAAACUUCAUCAAAUCGAAAAGCAGGACUGGUUUGAUAUUCGAGAAGAUUGCAGCUAUGGGAGGUUCAUACAGAGGGCUUGUCAGGGCGGGUGUGGUGGCGGUUGUGUUUGUGAUGUCAGUUUGCAGUUUAACGGCGAAGUUCCGGUGA